UCGUGCCGUCCCGGCGGUAACUCGUCUUCCUGGAGCGGCCGCCGGCGACCGCCGACGUGAGCCUCCCUGCAGGAUGCUGUGUUCGCUGCUGCUUUGUGAAUGUCUGUGGCUGAUAGCUGGCUUUGCUCACGACGACGACUGGAUUGACCCCACGGACAUGCUCAACUACGAUGCUGCUUCAGGAACCAUGAGGAAACCGCAGGUGAGAAAGGAGGUCAGCGCUGACUCGUCAAACGCUGAUGAAUUGUCGGGAUGCUACAGCAGACUUGAUUCUGUACUUCAGAAGAUUGAUGAAUGUGAAAAGAAAGAGAGGAAAGACUGUGAAAGUCAAAACAAUCCUGUUUUUAGGAGAUACUUAAAUAAGAUUUUAAUUGAAGCCAGAAAGCUUGGACCUCCUGAUGAAAACGGAGGUGACAUGCAUUACGAUGCCGAGAUUAUCCUUAAAAGACAGACCUUGAGAGAAAUAGAGAAGUUUCUCAAUGGGGAAGACUCGCUGCCAGGCGCCCUGGAUGAUGCACUAAGUGAUAUUUUAAUUAAUUUUAAGUUUCAUGAUUUUGAAAGAUGGAGGUGGCGAUUUGAAGAUUCCUUUGGUGUGGAUCCAUAUGAUGUGUUUAUGGUGCUUCUGUGUCUGCUCUGCGUGGUGAUGCUGGUGGCCACCCAGCUCUGGACGUAUGUUCGCUGGUACACCCAGUUGAGACGUGUGCUGCUCAUCAGUUUCCUCAUCAGUAUGGGAUGGAAUUGGAUGUAUUUAUACAAGGUGGCUUUCGCGCAGCAUCAGGCCGAAGUCGCCAAGAUGGAGCCGUUCAACAACGUGUGUGCUGAGAAGAUGGACUGGUCUGGAAGCCUCUGGGAAUGGUUUAGAAGCUCAUGGACCUAUAAGGAUGACCCAUGCCAAAAAUACUAUGAGCUCUUACUCGUCAACCCUGUUUUGUUGGUACCACCAACAAAGGCCCUGGCAGUGACGUUCACCAACUUCGUGGUGGAGCCGUUGAAGUACAUCGGAAAAGGAACCGGCGAGUUCAUUAAAGCGCUCAUGAAGGAGAUCCCGGUGAUCCUGCACGUCCCCGUGCUCAUCGUCAUGGCGUUGGCAGUCGUGAGUUUCUGCUACGGUGCCGGACAGUCGAUCUUUAUGCUGCGACCCUUCGGUGGUGCCGCCCGAGAGCCCGCCCUGGCUCUUCAGCCGGGUGACCAGCGCCGGCAGCAGGAGAUUGACUAUAGGCCCCGGGGCGGAGCAGGUGAUGCAGAUUUUGCUUCUCGGGGCCAGAUUGGCCUCACUGAGCACGGCCCUUGUGAGAGGCCGUGUGCGGGUGGAAGAGAUGGCGGGAGAGAGAGAGUUGACCUGAGCCUGCAGACCGGCUGCAAGAGCCCCGAAGUGCUGCGGGCGGUUGACAGACCAGACGCGGAGGCGCGGGAGCAUCCCGAGGCGCGCAGCGCCGGAGAGACUGACGGAGCCCCGGGAGGACGCGCACCGGCAGCGGGCGGCACCGAGAGCAGCCGGCGUCCUGAGCCCGGCUCUGGCCAGGGGCCGCCGGGGGCGGCGGAGCGUCCUGCCGCGGCAAAGGCCCCGCUCAGGCCUCAGGACGCGGGCAGCCCCGAGGAGGGUGGCGUUCCCCGCCCUGCAGGCACGGCCGGUGGCGUUCCCUGCCCCGCAGGCACGACCGUCGAGGGAGCAGGUGGGAGGGACCCGGCCAGCGGCCCGUGA